AUGUCCCUAACCGAGACCUGGUCGUUGCCUGCCUCGAUAGCCUCCACGUUCGACCAGGUCGCCUUCGCGGCCGCCGAUGAGCAAGAGGUCAACCACCCGGGCCUUUCGUCGUCUUUCAGGACGACGUCGCCGUUUUCACUCGCUCCGGCGCCGACGCCGUGUAUACCCACGCCGCCCUCAAGCGCAAAGUCCCCUUCACCAGGCCCCCGGAUGACGCGCAAGCGCAAGAUGCCUCUCUCAACUUCGGCCCUACCGAACCCCAAAGAGCUCAGCGAGGAAGACGACUGGACCCGCGUGAAGGACCCCAAGGAGAAGAAGCGAAUCCAGAACAGAGUCGCGCAGAGGACGUACCGGCAUCGCAUGAAAGCUAAACUUGACGAGCUCCAAGCACGGGUCAAUACCCACGAGCGGCUUCAGCUUCACCACUCGACGUGCCAUCAUGGCUCUCAUGGCGGAAACAUGGUCGUGCCAACAUUCAAUGGCGACGCUUGCAUGUCUAGCAAUCACUCGCCAGCUGUUGGGCUAUCUGAGCCCGAGCACUCGCCUUCGCCAAGUGCGGGCCACGCGGCAACGGCACAGAGGCUUCCAAUGCAUUCAAAUAUCUAUCGCGAGAAUUCUCUAGACGAUCCAGCCGAUCCAGCAUUGUAUCCGCCGGCUUUCUCCUUUCCUAGCAGUCCAAGGGGGCUUCAGCAAUUCUUGGCGCAGCAAUCAUCGUCACAUCCUCAUGGCCUACUCUCUCCUCCCGAUCAUUACCAACAAGAUGGUCUGUCUGGAGUCAUGCCCGAAAGCAUUCCAGGCGACUGCCUGGCUUAUCGGCAGCAACUGUUGAGCGAUAAACUAGAUCACGCCCAACCUAGUGCUGCAUAUGAGUAUCCGCCUGCCCACGGUGUUUCUGGAGUCAAGAAUGAGAUGGGCCAGGUGGCGCAGGCACAGCAGGGCAUCAAUCUUUUCGAAUCCACCCACCCCGUUGGCGUGGACUUUGCCUUCCACGACCCUGUGCACGACACUUGGAGAGCCAAAGAUAUAGACUCUAGCCUCUCUGGUAAUUCAGAAGAUGCGAUGAGCUAUCCAAGUCUCCGCGGCGCUCUGCCGCUGCCUCAUGGGACCGCGACAGUGGCCAACACUGAUGCGACGGCCAAUACCUUCCGCCCCGUUCCGCCGCCGAUCAACGCGAACGCGUCACUCGACGAAAAGAUUUCUGGCAUCAUGAAGCAAGUAGAGGCCGCCGGAUUCGAGAAUUUCGACGAGUUCGUCACGGCCUACUAUCGGGACACAUGCACGGCGACACCGUCGCUGGCCAACGAGCAGCGUCUCAGCCGCAACAGUAGGCUGCCAGAAGUCAUUCACGAAGUUGUUCAGGCGGCCAAAGGAUGGACGGCCUGGGAGCGCUACGGCUUGCAAGACGAAAUUCUGAAGACGGCGGGGGCAAUGCUCGUGGAGGAGAGGGCGAGCGCGGGUAGUAGCCUGUUCCCGCAUGUGUUGCCACUGGUUGAGAGUGCGGAUGGAACGGUACCCGCAAACGCCGGAGAGACGUUGCUGGGGCUGAAGAGGGCGGUUCAGCAUGAGCUCCCCAGGUCGUGGUCCUUGGCUAUGUCCCUGACGGCGGACGAAACGUCAUCGUGGCAGCGAGACAGGUCUAGUACGGCGCUGGCCAGCAUUCUCUUAGUGCAGUUCUCUGGACGCAUCCCCGACGAGCAGUUGCUACAGCUCAUCAGGUCGUGCUUAUGA